ACCCUUCUCACUGUAGCUAGGACUAUUCGGUUUUUAAUCUCAUUCUCUAUCCUACCAUUGUUCUCUCUCCCCCCGGCCCCUCUCUCUCUCUCUCUCUCUCUCUCUCUCUCACACACACACACACACACACAUGGAUUCCAAGAAACCUAAUAAGAUCAGAGACAUUGUGCGCCUGCAACAGCUUGGCAAGAAAUGGAGAAAGCUAGCAAACGCGCCAAAAAACAGUGGCAAAAAGGGCAUAAGCUUCUUGAAGAGGACGCUGUCCUUCUCUGACGCCUCUAGGAUGGGGGACGUGCCCAAAGGGUACCUUGCUGUGUGCGCAGGGAAGGAGAUGAAGAGGUUCAUCAUCCCCACAGACUAUCUGAGCCACUACGCAUUUGUUGAGCUUUUGAAGGAGGCGGAAGAAGAGUUUGGGUUCCAGAAUGAAGGAGUCCUGAGGAUUCCAUGUGAUGCUGAUGUGUUUGAGAGGAUAUUGAAGAUGGUGGAGGAGGAUGAUGGUGACGGCUUCUAUGUGAAGGAUGAUGAUGAUGACGUCGAUGAUGACUGUGAGGAGGUGGAAGUCUCUUGUGGCAGGUCUGGGGUUGGUUCUUUGGCUGGCCAUGGGUUACCCAGAUCUCAGUCACGUAGUAAACCAUUGUGCAGACAAUAGAGAUACUGACCAUGAAGGUAAUGAUGGUAGUGAUCAUCACGAUACAUGGUCUCUGUCUCUCUCUGGCGCGCGAGCGUAUGGACACUCGACUUCUGUACAUGCUUUAACAAAUCCAACUGAGUCAUGACACCUCUGUAAACUCUCUCCCUCUAUCUCUCUCUAUAUGUGUGUGUGAAAGAGAGAGAGAGAGAGAGCAAGAGAGGGAUUUUGUAAGCAAGUCCUGUGGAUUGGCUUAACUG